AUGAUGGCUGCUAAAAUACCUCUUAUUCUUACAAUGCCGCCUGUUCGACGGCCUCGCAAUGGCAGCGAUAAUAACAUGGACUUUUUUGAUAAUGACACGGAACUUUCCGAUAGUGACAUGGACGUUCACGAUAGUAUGGACCCUGGAGAUAACGACAUGGAUCUUUACGACAAUGACAAGGACUUUUGGGCUCUAGCCUACACGCUUGCUACAGAGCGCGAUGGAGAGCUGAUGGGGGAUUAUGAGAGGCAUAUUGCUUCGUUAAAUGACGUUUUUGUUGCCUCCCAGAGCUUUUCAGAGCCACCAAACGUCGAAAUUUACGUGAGGAUGCUUCUAGAAAUUCGGCAAAGCAAAAAAAUACGUAUUUCGAUCAUGGAGCAUGAUAUUACGAUGCGAGAACAGAUUGAGAAGUUGGCAAAGUUCUUACUCUGGUCCGAUCCAAUUGUUAAAUCGGCAGUGAGCGCCCAGCCAUAUGCUGCUUUAGCUUGGUCUGGAGUUUCAUUACUUCUUCCGCUUCUGACAAGUGGCACGAAAUACAACGAUGGCAUGUUGAAAGGCUUCAGCUCGAUCAACGAUAUGCAAAUCUUUUGGAAGUCUUGCGAAGAGACCUUCUUCAGGCCACCAGACAUGAACAUGAAGUUUUAUCAAGACCUCAAAGGCCCGUUGAUCAAGCUAUACUCUUCCAUCAUUGAAUACCAGGCUCGAGUUAUAUGCCAUCUUUCGAAACCGCAGGUUUCUCGUGCUUGGCAGAGCAUGGCAGGAUCCGAUGCCUGGGCCGACGCUAUAACGACUAUCAAGGAAUUGCAUAAUAGAUGCCUACGCCUGGUUGACAGAGUGCACAAGGAUAUCAUCCAGGACAAAAUGGAUAAACAGCUGCAAGAAAUCCAACAAAUACGAUUCCUUCACGAAGAGAUUCUUCAAGACUCAAGAGAGAAUAGACAAGACAAGAGGGAGAGGAAGCUUCUAAGUGAUUUUUCAAGGAUAUGA